AUGUCCCUGUGCCAUCAGACUUUUGUUUCUGCUUUUGUAGCAGACGUAUCUCCUGCAGUAGCAGCAGAUAAAGCACCUUUGUCAAAGAGUCUGCUAUUAGUCCCAAGUGCCAUCUCAAUUUUAUUGGCUCUGCUCUUCCAACAUUAUCAGAAGUUCUUUGCGUAUAACCUACAAGCUAUAAAGGAGGAUUUUCAGAUCUGGAGACUUGUAUGUGGGAGAACAAUAUGUCUUGAUUUGAAAGACACAUUCUGCAGCAGUCUGCUCAUUUACAACUUUAGAAUAUUUGAAAGAAGAUAUGGCAGCAGAAAAUUUUCAUCCUUUUUACUGGGUGCUUGGAUGCUCUCAGCUUUGUUUGAUCUUCUCCUUGUAGAAAUCGCUCAGUAUAUAUUUGGCAUCACCAUCAACAGCUUGCCUUCUGGUUUCUUGGGUCCUGUGUUUGCGCUGUUUGUACCAUUUUAUUCCUCCAUUCCAAGAGUGCAGGUGACGCAAGUGUUAGGCCAUUUUUCUAUCACAAACAAGACACUGGUCUACAUACUGGGUUUACAGCUCUUAACCUCUGGUUCCUACAUCUGGAUUUUAGCCUUAAGCGGAUUGGUUUCUGGGAUUUGCUACAGCAGCAGUAUAUUAAAAGUUCAUCAAAUUCUUUGUGUACCCAGCUGGGUAGCAAAGAUAUUUUCUUGGACUCUUGAACCAAUCUUCUCAUCUGCGGAACCAACGAAUGAAGUUCGAGUGGGAAUGGGAGCAACAGUUGACAUCCAGAGGCAGCAGAGAAUGGAGUUACUGGAUCGUCAAAUCAUGAUGUCUCAGGUUGCCCAAAUGAGGCGGCAAAGGCAGCAACAGGGUGGGAUGAUUAACUGGAAUAGACUGUUUCCUCCUUUACGUCAUAGACAUAAUGCGAAUUAUCAAGAUCAUCGCCCAUCUGAACAAGACACACCUCCACCUACCGAGGUUUCUGAAGAGCAGGUUGCACGACUUAUGGAAAUGGGAUUUUCCAGGGGAGAUGCUCUAGAAGCUCUGAGGGCUUCAAAUAAUGACUUAAAUGUAGCCACUAAUUUUCUACUGCAGCACUGAUGGUUUUCUGUGUCAAGGAACCUCACUUGAUGGGUUUGUACACGUCUGAAAGAGGAUCAAAGCCACCUGCUGGACAGACUUACGAAGGUCGUCCCCCCAAGAGCGUCAGAAAAGAGAAACUGGCUCCGCGUGACUGGUGAUUCAAAGUGAUGUUAAUGAAUGACGUGAACUGUUCCCAAGCCUUCAGAUCACUUGGUGGUUUCUAGUCUGGUUAUCUUUUUCAAAGUCACUUUAGUUUCUACUUCUUACUGGAUAUCACCUAGAUUUAUUUUUAAAAUGAAGUAGGUGGUUUUUUCUUGUAAAUCCUUGUUAGACAUGUUAUCAGGCUUAAUGACUAGGAAAAGAAGCUCCAACAAUCACGACGACUAGAUUUACCUGUCAAGAAAAAUCGCAUUUUCUUCAUUUACCAGUCUAGUUUCUCUAGCUUACAUGUUAUUUUACAGUACUUGAUUUUUUGAUCACAGUAGUAAGAGGUUUGAAGAUCACUUCAUUUUCAACUCAGUAAAGGGUUGUGGGACUAUUAUGUCAUUCUUCAGAAAGUUCUAUUAAUGCCUGUAAUAUUUUAUUUCUGGAAUCCCUUUUUAAAUAAAAGUUGUCAUUCAGCACAUAAUACACAGAUAGGAUGCGAGAAAAUUCAUGUGCAUAUUGCGAGCUAUGGUAAGUGACCACUGCAAAUUUAGAUUUUUACAAACUGAGUGAAUUGCUGUUCAGAUGCAGGUCGUGAAGACAUUGGUGAUACAGGUGAAUUGAAUGAUACAGUAAGGUCAGAACUGAAAUCGUUUGAAUGACUUCCAUGUCUAAUUCAGACCAGACUUCUGUAACGAUGGAUGUACGCUCAGUGUCCUAACGUGCUGGUUUCAUUUUUUGAGCUGGCUACAUACUGUCUUAAAAGAAAAAUUAUAAAAAGCUAACUUUUCUAUAUAUAGUUCUAGUUUUCUACUGUUAAAGAUGUGGAUGACCCUGCAUUUGCUGAAUCCUCACUGUCUGACGCAACUCACUGUUGGUCACAGACUGGAAUAUUAACCUUAAGGGUGAUUCAGGCUAACACGGGAGGCUAAUGCCAAGGUAGUACGAUAGCAGGUUGGAAGUUUAGGUGGAUAAAUACACUUACUUGGCUUGACUCUCAGCAGUGCUCAGAUUUAGCACCGUAGGAGUUUCAGGAGGUGGGGUGGAGAGAGGUGAACAUCUCUGUAGAACCAAGCUGAAGUAAUACAAGAUUCCAAACUGUGACUCCGUGGAACCAAUCUACUCAUGUAUCUCAAGCAUUUAAUGUAUGUUUCUGUAUGUACUUUUGUUUGUACAUUGUGUGUACGUAUCUGUCUAUUUAUAUACACACAGGCAUAUCUAAUACAUGCAUACAUUUAGAAUAAGAUAUAGGUCAUCAGAAGGAUAACAAAGGCCAUAGCAGGGGUAAAGGGGGGGAGAUGAAAGAAUGCAGGAGAGAAAAGGAUGUUUUGAACAUCCAAAUGAACAUGUGUGUUCAACAGUACAGACCUGCGUAUUCUCACUUGGCCUGGAAAAUAUACUGGGAAAUUACAGGACAAGAUUUAGAGGGAGGGAGAUACCUUUCUUUUUUUUUUCUUUUUCUUUUUUUUUAAUUGACUGAUAAAACUAA